UUCACUUCUAGCAACAGCUGAAAUUCUCUCUAUCCCUCUUUUACAUACAAAUACUUCUUUCAUUUCUUUCAAAAUAGUUCCUUUUAUUCAUUUCUUGAGUCAAUUUUUCUUGAAAAAUUAUAUUUCAAUAUGAACAUUAACACAGCAGAGAAAAGAUAUGCUCUUUUGCUGGCAGCAAGAGACAAUGAUUAUGUAAAGAAAGUGUAUGGAGGUUAUUUUAAUGUGUUUGUUGCAGCUUUUGGAGAAGAAGGAGAGAGAUGGGAUUUGUUUAGGGUUGUUGAAGGAGAGUUUCCUGACAUGAAUGACCUUCAUUUAUAUGAUGGUUUUGUUGUUAGUGGAAGCCCAUAUGAUGCUUAUGGCAAUGACUUUUGGAUUCUCAAGCUUUGCUUUCUUCUGCAAACUUUGGAUGCCAUGGAAAAGAAAGUUCUUGGCAUUUGCUUUGGCCAUCAGGUUUUAUGCAGAGCGUUGGGUGGGAAGGUUGGAAAGGCAUAUAGCGGAUGGGAUAUUGGAUUAAGAAAAGUGAGAAUAGUGAAGGAUUUAAUAUCACCAAUAGGCCAUAAAAUGCUUAUCGAUAGCAUAAAAAAUGAAAUCCCUAGUUCACUAACGAUAAUAGAAUGCCACCAGGACGAAGUGUGGGAAGUUCCAUUAGGAGCAGAAGUAAUCGCAUAUUCAGAAAAAACAGGAGUUGAAAUGUUUGGAAUUGGAGAGCACAUUUUGGGUAUUCAAGGCCAUCCUGAGUACACUAAAGACAUUCUUUAUAACCUCAUCGAUCGUCUUCUCAAUAACAACUCUAUAGAUUUUGGUUUGGCUGAUAAAGCUAAAUUUGUAUUGGAAAUAGCUGAACCUGAUAGGAAACUCUGGCAAUGUAUUUGCAAGAAUUUCUUGAAGACUCUUUAAGAUAGAUUAUAGUUUCUUCAUUUUUUUUUUUUUUUUUUCCUUUGUUAACUGUAUGCAUUUAUGUUUCUUGAUAUAUAUUAAUUUUAAAGAAAUGAUAAAUAUGUCAGUGACAUCCACAAUAAGAAUUUACAUA